GUAUCCAAGAGUAUUCAGCGUCUCAGACCUGACAGACAUCAAGCGGCUGACAAGUUAUUUCACUGAGAAAGGAAGGGAAAGGAAAGAAGUCAUGGUGAAAUAAAGAGUUUUGCCUUGAAUUUUACAGUGACAUUUUCAGGAGGCCUCAAGUCCGAAUUGCUGGUUGCAGUUUCCUUUUCAUCUACUACCAAAGAUCACCCAUUACUGGAGACGCUGGGAGGACUGUAAGUGGAGAAACGCACAAUUGUCUGCUCAGUAGAUAGAUUCCCACAAUGCAAAGUGAUAGGGGAUAGCUCUAGCAUAUUCCAGAAAGCUAAAGCUUUCCUUAAGCUCUUCUAUGGAAACUCUCCUGUUAGGAGAAAAUCUUUUCCAAGAACCACACUGUGACUCAAGACAAACGGUGCCUUGCAGCAGAAGUGAGUGCUUGUGAUCAUUGUUCUGCAACAGGAAGCAUAAAGCAAACCAGCUGGUAUCUUUGACGAUUCCGUGCCAGCUAGUGGAGUAUGUGUAGGAACCAGGGAAGAGGUCCAUAUAGUGCAGUAGCCUCUCUAGAAUGCUAAAGAGGCAAAAGCCAUCAACAUGCAGCAAUGCCCCAAUGCGGCGGAGGCUGAAGAGAAGGACCAGGGCAAAUGGACGCUGCUCCGGAAUGUCAACCAAGCCUUGAAACCCCUGACUCUUUUAUCGGGGGAUUAUGUAUGGAUGGACCUCAAAACCGGUCGGGAAUUCGACGUUCCCAUCGGAGCCGUGGUCAAGCUUUGUGACUCUGGGCAGAUCCAGGUGGUGGACGAUGAAGGCAACGAGCAUUGGAUUUUCCCUCACAAUGCCAGCCACAUCAAACCCAUGCACCCGACCUCUAUCCACGGGGUGGAGGACAUGAUCCGCCUGGGGGACCUGAAUGAAGCUGGGAUUCUGCGGAACCUGCUCAUCCGUUACCGAGAGCACCUUAUCUAUACGUAUACAGGUUCGAUAUUGGUGGCAGUGAACCCCUACCAGCUGUUACCUAUCUACUCCCCAGAGCAGAUACGGCUGUACACCAACAAAAAGAUUGGGGAGAUGCCCCCCCACAUCUUCGCAAUAGCUGACAACUGCUACUACAACAUGCAACGCAACAACAGGGACCAGUGUUGCAUCAUAAGUGGCGAGUCUGGUGCAGGGAAGACGGAGAGCACUAAACUGAUCCUGCAGUUCCUGGCUGCUAUCAGCGGGCAGCAUUCCUGGAUUGAGCAGCAGGUGCUGGAGGCAAACCCCAUUUUAGAAGCUUUUGGAAACGCGAAGACGAUUCGUAAUGACAACUCCAGCCGAUUUGGUAAAUACAUCGACAUCCAUUUCAACAAGAGGGGAGCCAUCGAAGGGGCAAAGAUUGAGCAGUACCUGCUGGAGAAAUCUCGAGUCUGCAGACAGGCCCAGGAUGAGCGGAAUUACCAUGUAUUUUACUGUAUGCUGAAAGGAAUGACACCAGAACAGAAAAAGAAGCUGGGUCUUGGGAAAGCCACUGAUUAUAACUACCUCGCUAUGGGUAACUGCACUACCUGUGAUGGCAGAGACGACAGUAAGGAGUAUGCAAACAUUCGCUCUGCAAUGAAAGUCCUGAUGUUCACCGACACUGAGAACUGGGAGAUCUCAAAGCUUCUGGCAGCCAUAUUGCAUAUGGGGAAUUUGCGGUAUGAAGCACGGAUGUACGAUAACCUGGAUGCCUGCGAGGUUGUUCGCUCUGCGUCGUUAAUCACUGCGGCUUCGUUACUGGAGGUGGACCCUCAGGAUGUGAUGAACUGCCUUACUAGCCGCACAAUAAUCACGAGAGGAGAGACCGUCUCCACCCCGCUCAGCAUGGAGCAGGCGCUGGAUGUGAGGGACGCUUUUGUCAAGGGAAUCUACGGGCGGCUUUUCGUGUGGAUUGUGGAGAAGAUCAAUGCUGCCAUUUACAGGCCUCCCUCCCACGAACUACAGAGUGUCAGGAGGUCCAUUGGUCUUCUCGAUAUCUUCGGCUUUGAGAACUUCACUGUGAACAGUUUCGAGCAGCUCUGCAUCAACUUUGCAAAUGAGAACCUGCAGCAGUUCUUUGUGCGCCAUGUCUUCAAGCUGGAGCAGGAGGAGUACAACCUGGAGAACAUUAACUGGCAGCACAUAGAGUUCACCGACAACCAGGAUGCCUUGGACAUGAUCGCCAUCAAACCCAUGAACAUCAUAUCACUCAUUGACGAGGAGAGUAAGUUCCCCAAGGGUACAGAUACCACAAUGCUGCACAAGCUGAAUUCCCAGCACAAGCUAAACACCAACUACAUCCCGCCGAAGAAUAACCAUGAAACCCAGUUUGGCAUUAACCACUUUGCUGGUGUUGUCUACUAUGAAACCAAAGGGUUUUUGGAGAAAAACAGGGACACGCUUCAUGGAGACAUCAUUCAGCUGGUCCAUUCCUCGAAAAACAAAUUUAUCAAGCAAAUCUUCCAAGCGGACGUGGCUAUGGGAGCAGAGACAAGGAAGCGCUCACCGACACUCAGCAGCCAGUUCAAGCGAUCUCUUGAGCUGUUGAUGAGAACCCUCAGCGGGUGCCAGCCCUUCUUCGUCCGCUGCAUCAAACCUAAUGAAUAUAAGAAGCCCAUGUUGUUUGAUCGGGAGCUGUGUGUUCGCCAGCUGAGGUACUCAGGGAUGAUGGAGACCAUCCGGAUCCGCAGGGCCGGCUAUCCCAUCCGCUACAGCUUCGUGGAGUUUGUGGACAGGUAUCGUGUCCUCAUGCCCGGGGUGAAGCCGGCGUACAAGCAGGGUGACCUGCGUGGAACGUGCCAGCGAAUUGCUGAAGUGGUGCUGGGGAAAGAUGAUGAUUGGCAGAUUGGCAAGACGAAGAUUUUCCUGAAGGAUCACCAUGAUAUGCUGCUGGAGAUUGAGAGGGACAAGGCCAUCACAGACAAGGUCAUCCUCAUCCAGAAGGUGGUUCGUGGGUUUAAAGACAGGUCCAAUUUCCUGAAAGUGCGACAUUCGGCCCUGAUGAUUCAGAGAUACUGGCGGGGACAUAACUGCAGAAAGAACUAUGGUGCUAUGAGGAUUGGGUUCCUGAGGCUCCAGGCCCUCUACCGUUCCCGCAAACUCCACACGCAGUACCACAUGGCUCGCAGACGGAUCAUCGAGUUCCAGGCAAGGUGCCGGGGCUGCCUGGUGCGCAGGGCCUUCCGCCAUCGCCUUUGGGCUGUCUUCACGGUCCAGGCUUAUGCCAGGGGCAUGAUUGCACGGAGGCUGUAUAAACGCCUUAAGGGAGAAUAUCACCGCCGCCUGGAAGCAGAGAAGCUUCGUCUGGCAGAAGAGGAACGGCUCCGGAAGGAGAUGAGUGCCAAGAAAGCCAAAGAGGAAGCAGAAAAGAAGCACCAAGUACGCCUUGCCCAGCUGGCCCGGGAAGAUGCUGAGAGAGAGGUGAAGGAGAAGGAGGAAGCCCGUCGGAAGAAGGAACUCUUGGACAAAAUGGAGAAGGCCCGAAACGAGCCAGUGAACGACUCAGAUAUGGUGGACAAAAUGUUUGGAUUCCUAGGGACCACUUCGUCUCUGCCAGGCCAGGAAGGACAGGCACCCAAUGGCUUUGAGGACCUUGAGCGAGCCCAAAAGGAGCUAGAGGAAGAGGAUUUAGACGCAGCUUUGCCCCUCCCCGAGGAAGAGGAGGAAGACCUUUCGGAGUACAAAUUUGCAAAGUUUGCAGCCACCUACUUCCAGGGCACGACGACACACACGUACAUCCGCCGGCCACUUAAGCAGCCCCUUCUGUACCACGAGGAUGAAGGAGACCAGUUGGCAGCACUCGCGGUGUGGAUCACUAUCCUUCGUUUCAUGGGAGACCUUCCUGAGCCUAAAUACCAUACGGCUAUGAGCGACGGCAGCGAGAAGAUUCCAGUGAUGACCAAAAUCUAUGAGACUCUAGGGAAAAAGACCUACAAAAAAGAGCUGCAGGCUCUGCAAGGGGAAGGAGAGAGCGCUCACAUAGACGGCCACAAGAAGAACAGUGUGCGGCACAAACUGGUCUCCUUGACUCUAAAGAAGAAAUCCAAACUGACUGAAGAGGUGACAAAGAGACUCCAUGAUGGUGAGUCCACCCUCCAAGGCAACAGCAUGCUUGAAGACCGACCCACCUCCAACUUGGAAAAGCUGCAUUUCAUUAUUGGCAAUGGCAUCCUGAGACCAGCAUUAAGGGAUGAAAUCUAUUGUCAAAUCUGCAAACAGCUCACCCAGAACCCUUCCAAAAGCAGCCACGCCAGAGGCUGGAUCCUGAUGUCGUUGUGCGUGGGAUGCUUUGCUCCUUCCGAAAAGUUUGUGAAGUAUUUAAGGAACUUCAUCAAUGGAGGUCCCCCUGGUUACGCUCCCUAUUGUGAAGAGAGAUUGAGGAGGACAUUUGCAAAUGGGACUAGGACCCAGCCACCCAGCUGGUUAGAAUUACAGGCGACCAAGUCCAAGAAACCUAUCAUGCUGCCUGUUACGUUUAUGGAUGGGACAACGAAGACGCUGCUAACUGACUCUGCAACGACCGCUAAAGAGCUCUGUAAUUCCUUAGCUGACAAGAUCAGCCUGAAGGACCGAUUUGGGUUUUCGCUUUACAUCGCACUGUUUGACAAGGUCUCAUCCUUGGGGAGCGGCAACGACCACGUGAUGGACGCUGUGUCUCAGUGCGAACAGUACGCCAAAGAGCAGGGAGCCCAGGAGCGCAACGCACCGUGGCGGCUCUUCUUCAGGAAGGAGAUCUUCACCCCGUGGCACAAUCCGAGCGAAGACAACGUGGCCACAAACCUCAUUUACCAGCAGAUAGUCCGGGGGGUGAAGUUUGGGGAGUACCGAUGUGACAAGGUGAGUCCUCAGCAAUGGCAGACCUUGGCCCCCUGGCUUGGGAAAUUGGGCACUCCUUUAAUAACUCAAGGAAUUUAUACCCAGAAGAGAGCAGACCCCAGAAAAGUCAAGGAAGAAGUGGUGGAUUUUGCACGUUUCAAGUGGCCUUUGCUGUUUUCUAGAUUCUAUGAAGCCUUCAAAUUCUCAGGACCCAGCCUGCCCAAGAACGAUGUGAUUGUAGCUGUGAAUUGGACCGGAGUGUACUUUGUGGAUGAACAAGAACAAGUCCUCUUAGAACUCUCCUUCCCAGAGAUCACGGCUGUCUCAAGCAGUAGAGGGGGAAAGCUCCAAGGGCAGAGUUUCACCUUGGCCACCAUUAAAGGGGACGAGUACACCUUCACCUCCAACAAUGCAGAGGACAUCCGGGACCUUGUCGUCACCUUCCUAGAAGGACUAAGGAAAAGAUCAAAGUAUGUUGUCACUCUCCAAGACAACCCAAACCCUGUGGGAGAAGAAUCUGGAUUCCUCAGCUUCCAUAAAGGAGACCUGAUUGUUAUGGACCAGGACACUGGAGAGCAUGUCAUGAACUCAGGCUGGGCCAAUGGGGUCAAUGAGAGGACCAAACAGAGAGGAGAUUUCCCAACGGACUGUGUUUACGUCUUGCCGACUGUCACCAUGCCGCCUCUGGAGAUUGUGGCGUUAGUCACAAUGACCCCUGACCAGAGGCAAGAUGUUAUUAGAACAUCCCAGCUGGUGAUUUCGGACAGUGAAGAAAGAGUGAAGCCGUACACCUUGGAAGAGUUCUCCUAUGAUUAUUUUAGGCCGCCUCCGAAGCACACUCUGAGCCGGGUCAUGAUCACCAAAAAUCGAGGGAAAGACAAACUGUGGUGCUACACCCGAGAGCCCAUCAAGCAGCCCUUGCUGAAGAAGAUCCUGGGCAGUGAAGAGCUGUCCCAGGAAGCCUGCAUGGCAUUCAUUGCUGUGCUGAAGUAUAUGGGUGACUAUCCAUCCAAAAGAACCCGCUCAGUCAACGAGCUAACAGACCAAAUAUUUGAAGGUGCCUUGAAAGCUGAACCGUUGAAAGAUGAAAUCUACUGUCAGAUCCUCAAGCAGCUCACUGACAACCACAUUAAGUACAGCGAAGAGAAGGGUUGGGAGCUGCUUUGGUUGUGCACAGGCCUUUUCCCUCCCAGCAAUGUUCUCCUGCCCCAUGUCCAGAGGUUUCUCCAGUCCCGGAAGCAUCACCCCCUAGCCACAGACUGCAUACAGAGACUACAGAAAGCUCUGAGGAAUGGAUCCAGGAAGUAUCCUCCCCAUCUGGUUGAAGUGGAGGCAAUUCAACACAAAACCACCCAAAUUUUCCACAAAGUUUACUUCCCCGAUGACACUGAUGAGGCGUUUGAAGUGGAGUCCAGCACUAAAGCCAAGGAUUUCUGCCAGAACAUCUCCAGCAGACUGCUGCUGAAGUCAUCGGAGGGCUUCAGCCUCUUCGUCAAAAUCUCCGACAAGGUUAUCAGCGUCCCAGAAGGAGAUUUCUUCUUUGACUUUGUCAGACAUCUUACAGACUGGAUAAAGAAAGCAAGACCUGCAAAAGACGGUAUAGUGCCUUCUCUCACAUAUCAAGUGUUCUUCAUGAAAAAACUGUGGACAAACACCAUGCCUGGGAAGGAUUCAAUGGCAGACUCCAUCUUCCACUAUUAUCAGGAAUUACCAAAGUACCUGCGUGGCUACCACAAGUGUACCCGGGAAGAGGUCUUACAGCUGGCAGCUCUGAUCUACAGGGUGAAGUUUGAGGAUGACAAGUCCUACUUCCCCAGCAUCCCCAAGCUCCUGAAGGAGCUGGUGCCUCAGGAUCUUCUCCGGCAGCUCUCUCCGGACGACUGGAAAAGGUCCAUUGUGGCGUAUUUCAAUAAGCAUGCAGGCAAAACAAGAGAAGAAGCCAAGCUUGCCUUCCUAAAGAUUGUCUUCAAGUGGCCUACGUUUGGAUCAGCCUUCUUUGAAGUGAAGCAAACUACCGAGCCAAAUUACCCAGAGAUCCUUUUAAUUGCCAUCAACAAGCAUGGAGUCAGCCUCAUAGAUCCCAAAACCAAGGUAAGCCAGACAACUCAUCCCUUCACCAAGAUCUCCAACUGGAGCAGCGGCAACACGUACUUUCACAUAACCAUUGGCAACCUGGUGCGGGGAAGCAAACUGCUCUGUGAAACGUCGCUGGGCUACAAGAUGGAUGACCUCUUGACCUCGUACAUCAGUCAGAUGUUAACAGCCAUGAGCAAACAGAGGAGCGCAAAGGGCAGCAGCAAGUGAACUGAAAGAAGCCACUGGCAGGUGGCCCUGGAGCUAAUUCACCAGCUGAGGCCUGUGGGAUACCCCUGCAGCUGGGGCAGAACCUUUUCUGCCCAGAUGUGGAAGAUGAUCCGGACCCCUUCAGAAAGCUCAUCCGACUCUGAUCUUGAGGGCUCGAGUCCCAUUUCCCCUUCCAGCGAGGAUGACUAUCUGUGAUGCUGACCUCCAAUUCCCCCCUCCUCCCUAGUAAGCCCUGUUUUAAACUUCUAAGCUUUCUAAGUGACAGACAGUGACUGAUCAACAGAAACGCCAGCGGAAUGUUUACUAUCAAACCAAAUGACUGAAGUUUGCAGAGGAUUGUAGGAAAAAGUUGUGAGUGUCGUUUUUAAAAAGGGGAAGGUGGUCAGGGUGCCAUUAAGGGCUUUGGAGAAGUUCUGGGCAUCUGAGAUUUGCUGAUCAGUAACCUAACCCUGCUCCAUUGUAGAGAAAAAUCCCAUCCACUCUCCUGGGGGGUAUCUUGACAUUACAACAGAACAAAAAGAAAUCCAUUUGUUCUAAAAAAAAAAAAAAAAGACCGAGGGAAAAAGUGCAUUUAAAAUAGUGGUUGGUUUGUUUCUUCUUAAUCCUAAUUGAACAGCCUGUACCAUGACAAAGUGAUGACGGGAGACGGGCACACAACGAUGGACAUAUUUAAAGGUUUCAUUUCUUAUCCUUGUAUUUAUUUAUUUUUUAAAGAGAAUGACGGCUUCUGGGAGGCUGACUCUGGGGAGGGCCCCACACAGCUCCAAAGGCUUCACCCAAUAGAACCGCUCACACACUCAAUACUCCAUUGUCAAAAGGAUGAGACUGCGGGUUCAUAGGUCAAACUGUUCUAAUUAGGGGUGGCCUACAGUUCAGCAUCAAAUCCCUGUUCAGCAGCAUGGAAACGAGGCUGCUAAAGACAGCUGACCCCACCCCCUCCACCCGAGAAUGCACCUGGCAGGAUGAGGCUCUUAGCUGGAAGCCUGAAUGUGGCUUUAGGCCCUGAGAGGUGGAAAAUGUUGGCCAGGCCAUUCUGUGCUGUGUGAAACGCUGCAGUUUGAAUGUGUGCCACAGUCGCCUUUCUCUGAAAGUCCAGCCUGGUGCAGCAGGCUUUGCCCCCUGGGCAUCAUUAAGCAUAGCUCAAAUGUAUUUGUUCCACAGCUACUUUGUAACAAUAGCAGGACAGCCAGAGGGAAAGCAGAGCCAGUGUGUAAGAAAAAUAAACCAUGACUGUAGCCAAACCUCCCA